AAUCUGAUGGACAAAAAACAUCUGAAGAACUGAAUAAUACAGAUUUUAAACCGAAUUCUCAAACCAAAAGAGGUCAAGAAAAUAGUCCACAAAAUUCUAAUAAUCAUUCUUUAUCAAAAGAAAACAAUGAUAUUAAUAGAGUUAAGUUUGAAAAUAUAGAAAAUUAUGGAGAUAUAAAUUGUAUAGAAGAUCUUCCACUAUCAAUUAAAUUAGAAGUAAAUGAUGAUGUGGAGAAAGUUGAGUGGUUUUGUCCAACAAAUCAAACAGUCUUACCCGAUUCUGAAAAUGCUGCAAUAUCACAAGAUGUUUCAAAUAUUCAAUCAGUUAAUAAUGAAGUAGAAAUGCUAUUGGUUAAUAAUGGACAAUCAGAUAAGAGAAGAAAGCGAGGAAACUAUAGAACAUACAGUGCUGAAAUUAGAGCCAAAAUAGCAAAACAUGCAAUUGAGAAAGGAAAUGCAAGUGCAGUUCGUCAUUUUUCUACAAUAUUAGGGAGACCAGUUAGUGAAUCUACAGUUAGAUAUAUAAAAGCAUCAUAUUUAGAGAAGAGGACACUUCAAGGAGAUAUUACUGAUUUGCCACAUAAAUCACGUGGUAGGCCAACUUUGUUAGGAAAUUAUGAAAAUGAAGUUCGGAACUAUUUGCAAGAAUUAAGAGCUAAUGGAGGCACAAUUAACAGUAAUAUAGUACUUGCUGCAGCUCACGAUGUCAUUAAAGCUCGCGCUCCCCAUUUAUUAGCUGAACAUGGUGGGAGUAUCAAUUUAUCCCGACAUUGGGCAGCUUCUAUUUUAGAAAGAAUGGGAAUUAAUUAAAUAAACUUUUACCUGAAAACUUAGCAUUUUUUCAAAUGGAACUCCUACCAUCACCGAAUAUAAUUUCAGUUUCUUUCUUUUACGGAAUGUCAGAAAAUGCAUUUCUACUUUUAUUUAUUUAUAUUUGUGAUUUUUUUGAAGUGCAUUAUUAAGUUUCUGUGACAUUCAGAUUACAUUAUAUUAUAUUGUUUAACUACAAAAUUAUAUGAAGCCGUCCAUGUUGGUGAUCCACAAAAUGAAAUUAAUGUAUAUUUGAUGAAUUUCAUUUUGAUAUUCUGGUCAAGAAGAAAGGAAUUAAACAUUUCAUUUAAAGUCCCAAGUACUACUAAAAUUCAUACCAUGCAAUGUUUGUGCCUGGUAGUUACAAUGGGAUUACAAAAUGUUUCUUUUGAGUUACACAAUAUUUCUCAAAAGUAAAAUAUUUCCAAAAAUAAUAAUUUAUAUUUAAUAAUCAGGUUGUGAUUAUACAAAAUAUUACCUCAUUUCAUGAGCUUUGUAGAUAUAUUUAUUUAUUUUUCAGGUAAAAAACUAAUGUUGUGCUUCCAAAAACAGAUAUCAACUGAUCUAUGUACCAUUUUCUCAGGAAUGGCGGGACCAAUGUUAAUGUCCUACCUGACUCUGUGCCAUUUUUAUCAAUUGAAAAUAUCAAUUUGAAACUUUAUUAAACUGUAAGUAUAUAUAAACAAUAAGUAUGAAAGAAAUGUCAAAAAGAGAAGUAAGUUUUAACAAAAAUUAAUAUAAUAAACAAACUGUCGUCCCAUUUUGAAAACAAGGGAGAGUUAAAGUAAAUUAGUUUUUGGAAUUUAACGUCUAUAUACAUAUAUAUAAAAUACAAAUUAAGUAUAUUUCAUAAUUUAUAAUGUGAAUUGUUUGGAGUGAAUAGGAAUUGAUGUAAUGAUGUAUAUGGAUGAAAUAAGUAUUAUUAUUAAAG